UCAUAAAGGACUGGCCUAGACAUCAAAUGCACGGUUGAUGUGAAUCUACUAUAGCAGUUAAUGGCAAGAUUCUUCAGCACAGUCACGCAUGUGUGGUUGGGUUAAUUCCCAGUGUUUCUAAGGCAAGUCUGGGGGAGAGAAAGGUUCCGAAGGAAUCAAGAUAUGAUGGUGAAUAUGAUAAAAGUCAUAGGAACUUAACUUCACAAAGUAUAACAGGGAAGGCACAUGAUAGGAUUUUGAUCGAGAAAGUAAGACAGAUGAUGGAGGAGGAACUGAUGGGGAAACUAGAGUGGGGAGUUUAGACAAGGAAGAUGAUGUGUGGAAUGGCUGUACAUGGCAUAUUAUGACCUACAAAAUGAGUUUUGAAAUUGAUGGAAGGGCCAUAAUGAGGGUGUCGAAAGUGAAUAACAUAGGCCGUAGCCGUAAGUUACUGAGAACGAGUCCCAGGUUUCUGUGAUGGACGUGAAGCUUGAGUUAGUGUUUGUAGGCUGGGGAGUGACUGGUGUAGUGCAAAAGUAGGUCUGAGAUAGGGAUACAUCAUGUCACUUUCACUGUUUAAUACCUGUACAACUGGAGUGAUGUCAGAAUUCAGCGAAAGGACGGUAGAUUUUAGGUGCAACUUGUAAAUUUGUGAGAAGAGUUUGGAAUGAUUGGUGUUUUUCAGAUGGUUCAAGUAACAGAUGUCGAUAGGAUGAAAGAAAUGAGAAUCCAAUAAUCUUUGAGACCCAGGAAAGAAUGUAUGAAGAGAUUGUUGGGCCAACUCUUCUUUAUGGAAGGGAAAUAUGAAUGCUGAAUGUAGCAGGUGGAGUAAAAAGGCUGAAACUGGUGAGAUAAACCUUGAGAAAAAUAAAUAGAAGUGGUAAAAAGUUUAGCGGCAGUGAACAAAUGGACCAGUGUUUAGAGAUGAUUUUGUCAUGUGGAAAGAAUGAAGAACGAUAACUUCAUAAUAGUAUGAUUCGGAAGUGUUAGGAAGGAGGAAAAUCAGUUGAUAUUGUACGUGAUAAGUGUUAAGUGAUAAGUGUUAGAAAGUGAUAAGUGUUAGAAAGGAAUGAAUUUAAUGUACAUUAAGUGAUAAUACAUAACUGAUACGAGUGAAUGUCAGUGUGUGUAGGUGGGUUCAGAUCCAUGUUGAUGAGCCUUCUGAGUAUAUGUGCAAAGCAAAUGACUUCAUGGAAGAUUUCUGCGGAGUAGCCUUGUCAGUCAUUCAUAGUUGAAGCAUGAAUUCUUCCGUGGAACAACAUCUGUAAAGUUUAUCUGUAUCAUUUGUAUAAUGUUUACAUUCACGAUUCCUUCGUGUUUUCAGUACCACGAAAUGUUCCCAGCAUGGCUCCUUUGUUGCCUCUUAGUGACGUCAGCAAGCACCUUCGUGGCUGCCCAAACUUCGGACGCUUCCGGGACGUCUACGAUAACUGAUAAGCCCUCUGUCCUAUACAUAGAGAGUUCAUAUGGGAACUUCUUCAUUGCCACUGGGAAGGCACUCAAUGACAGCGGCGUCGACUGGAGGCUGGAGGUUGAGAAGCAAUGCAUGUGUCGUAUCUUAUGCUUGACGAAUGCAAGUUGCAUGGCGGUGUCGUCAGAAGCAAAAGGAAACCGCUACCUAUGUAAGUUCGCCACUCGGGGACCUAUGAAUACCACUGUUGACACCGUCAGCAAUAAUGAGACAACUUACAUCUACCGUCUAGCUUCACUCGUUGGUAAGAACUGGGGUGUACAGAAGGACAAGCUCUACUACUUCGAGAUGCCGACUUGGAUGACGUUCCCUGACGGCAUGGCAUCCUGCAGGAGGAUCCCUGGCUUUCGUCCCCCCAUCAUCAGGAUAAAGGAAGUUUUAUCGGCCAUUCAGGAUUCAAGGCGAGCACACUACAUGGACUUACACAAGAAACCCGGCGGGAUACUUGAAUGGGGUGAUUCUACACGUUUUACCAAUUCAGAGAAUAUAUCAAUGAUGUUCUACGAGGCGUUUACAUCCGCCUCCACUGGACCAUUUCUUCGGCCAGUCUUCUACUACUGGAGAGGCACUUUGUAUGACCAGAUUCUUGGAAAUUUAGAAAGAAUAGUCUGUCAGGCUAAUCCACUGGGAGUUGACUGGUGAAACACUAGCACGUCAUUUGUUUCUUGAACACAAUAUGCUGAAGAAGCUGAGCUAAGAACGCCACCAUCGUUACGAGAAAUUGAAUUCUUUAAACGGGACCAGUAGCACGUGUGACUUGAAGUACAAACAUCCAGCAUACUAAUAGUAUUUCUGUAAGGAACGUACCCAAAUUGAAGACGUUUAGCGGUCACCUAGCAAUGAGUGAACAGUUUCAAACUGAGUAUGUCUCCAAUAGAUAACUAUAUUAGCAUUCUUUUGUGUCAUUCAGUUCUAUGUAUCAAAACUGUGAAAUGUCAUAGCACGAUGUUCUUGUAAAAAUCAAAUCUGUGUAAGAAUAUUUGCUAGCAUAUUGCAUCCAUUGCAUUGACUAGUUCCGAGUGUAACAACAACGCCAGGUGAUGUCUAUAGACUAAUACCAUUGGGAAAAUGUAAAAGUAACCUCUUUGACUGAAAAGUAACAAACGCACUGCACAAGCUGCUCCAAUACGUUUUCAAAGUAUAACAAACAGUAUCUUUGUAGUAACUUUAAUACCAAUACAAAUGUUCUAACAUUUUCUGAUUUUAUUCUGAUAUUUCCUCAGGAUUAUUGUCCGUCUCACUAACAGUUAUGUAUAAAAAGAUUUGUCCUCGAGCAGAUGUUUAGAAAAAAUAUCGUAGUUAUU